AUCAACGACUGUGACCACGAUCUCUGUCUGAAUAACGGGACCUGUCAGGACAUGGUGGCUGGCUACCAGUGCGAAUGUGCAGCGGGGUAUGAAGGAGAACACUGCCAGAUUGACUUGGAUGAAUGCGAAUCAAAUCCUUGCAGUAACAAUGCGAUCUGCACCGACGGUCCUCACUCCUACACGUGCCAGUGUGCGCCUGGGUUUACCGGAGAAUUUUGUGAGGUGAACUUCUUCGACUGCGCAUCGGAUCCCUGUCAGAACGACGGAACGUGCGUGGAUCUGGCCCAGAAUUACACCUGCUGUUGCCGGCCGGGCUAUAGAGGGCGCAAUUGUGAGAUCCUGGUCGAUCACUGCCAGUCGGAUCCAUGCAGGAAUAACGCCACCUGUAUGGCCAGCUUCAAUGGGGUGACCUGUCAGUGCUUGCCUGGGUUCAAGGGAGAGAGGUGUGACGUUGAGCUCAACGAGUGCGAGUUACAGCAAGUGGUAUGUCAACACGGAGGGACCUGCGUGGACAUUGUGAACGACUUCCGAUGCGCUUGCACCCCGGGCUACUCCGGCGUCAACUGCGAAACAGCUCUCUCGAGUGACUUUGACCUCAGUUUCCCCGAAGCCCGGACCUCGGACUACGCCAUGCUGCGUGGCACCCUGCCCUCCCUCCACGCGCUGACGGUUGCCUUCUGGAUGCGAACCGCGGACAAGGCCAACGCUGGCACACCGCUGUCGUAUGCCACGCGGGAGCCAGACGGCACGGUGCAAGACAACGCCUUCACGGUCAGCGACUACAACAGCUUGGCCAUCAUCCUGAACGGGGAGUUCAUGUACACAGAUGAGAAAUUGAACAGUGAUCCCAACUGGCGUCACGUUGCCAUUACGUGGGCAAGCCUGGACGGCGGAUGGGCCAUGUACGUGGACGGUACAGUCAGGCGGUCAGGUCAGGGCUUCCAGACCGGCUCAGUCAUACGAGGAUCUGGGGUGCUGGUUCUUGGGCAGGAGCAAGACAGCUACGCUGGCUCCUUCGCGCAGACACAGGCCUUCGUGGGUGACCUGAGCCAGUUAAAUAUGUGGGACUACGCCAUGACAUCUGAGGAGAUUACGUUGGUCUACUCUUCUUGUGCAGCAUCAGGGAAUGUGCUGGCCUGGUCACAGGUCACCUCCAAUCUCCACGGAGAGGUCAGCCUUGUUCAGAGCUCACAACUUUGUCCAAGUAUAAAUGAGUGUCAGCCGUCAACGUGUCGAAACGGUGCCACAUGUACUGAUCUGGUUGGCGCUUUCAAGUGUCACUGUGCCUUGGGUUACCAUGGCACGAAUUGUGAACUACUGAGGACGUCCUGCACCACUGAAACAUGUCUUAAUUAUGGGAGUUGCCAUAGCAACGGCUCCUUGUUGUUCUGCAGAUGUGCUCCCGGUUACUCAGGAGAACGAUGUGAGUUGCGUGACCUGUGCCAGUCUGUCACAUGCUUGAACAGUGGUGCCUGUGUGAAUGAUGGCGUGGUUGCAAAAUGCAACUGCGCUCCCGGUUUCACAGGUCGUGUUUGCGAGUACGACGUUAACGAAUGUGACUUGGAAAACGGCGGUUGUGCACACACGUGCCACAAUACACAGGGCUCCUUCUACUGCGGUUGUAAUAGUGGAUUUGCGUUGCAGCCUGAUGGCCAUUCCUGCAAUGAUAUUUCCUAUUGUAUACAUGAAGGAAGAUUCCACCUUGCAAAUGACGUUUGGGAUGUCAAGUGUUCCACCUGUCACUGUGAGCAAGGUGCUGCCGUGUGUCAGGUCAAAGAAUGUCCUGAAAUCAAAUGUCGCAAGAAGGAGUAUGAAUACCAAGCUCCAGGUGCCUGCUGUCCGCAGUGCUUACCAGCUUCAAAGAUCUGCACGGUCACCCGCGACGGCUGGCACGCGACCUAUGACUUCAAACGGUACGGACACCGAGGCAACUGCCGCUACGUGUUGAGCCAGGACUGUGUGGGCAGCCAGUUCACCGUAGAGGUCCAGUACGAAGCCACCAAGAAGAAGAUCAAGAAGUGGGCACUGUGGCUGCGGCUGGACUGCGUGGAGGUGGAGAUUGAUUAUGAUGGCUCAGUCAAGGUUACCGGUGUCCCCGUUGAGCUGCCAUACCUCCAUGCCGAGCCCAUGAAUGUCAUGGUCACACGCGCCAACUCGUCCACCGACGACGGCCGCGGUGUCAUGAUCCAGACAGACCGCGGUGUGGUGAUCCAGUGGUCCAGGUUUGGCGCCAUCCAGGUCCAAGCCCCGGGAACGUACAGCGGCCAGCUCUGCGGCCUGUGCGGCAACAUGAACGGCAACCGCAAGGACGACUGGACCACGCGGCAGUUCCUGCCGGCCCGCUCGGCCAAGGAGUUUUCCCACAGCUGGAAGGUGGACGGGUACCGCUACUGCGCCAAGCCCAAGGCUCGCGGCACCAGUCGCUUGGCCUUUGGAGGCAUCACCGGUGAUAAGAUCUCAGCCUGCUCUAGUCUGGGCUUCACCUUUCUGAAAGACAUCAGGAAGAAGUGCAGUGUUCUCAGGCUAAGAGCUUUCCAGAUAUGCCACUCUGUAGUCAGUCCAACCAGUUACUUUGAGUGGUGCAUGCAGGAUGCCUGUACAUGUAGCUCCAAUGAGCCCUGCCACUGUGAAGCCAUAGCGGCCUACAUGUACGAGUGCCAGCGCAACAACAUCAAGAUCAAGUGGACGGGCAACAACGCUUGCAGCAUUCGGUGUCCAGAUGGCAUGAUGUACGAUCACUGCGGCCCGGCCUGCCUUCCGUCUUGCGAAGACCCCAUCCCUACUGGGGCUGAGUGCCGGACACGCACCUGUGUAGCUGGCUGUCAGUGCCCAGCCGGAACGGUACAUCAUAAUGAGAACUGCAUCCUGCCCAGCGACUGUCCAGCAAGACCAGAAGGAGCUUAAAAAAAUAGACCUAAUGCUUAGCAGCCAUUUUAGAGGGCAAUGCCUUUGUUUGACUUGGAUAUGUAUGCGUGAACCUCUUGUGCUUUCAUUAUUACUCAAUCAAAAUAACAAAAGAUGCUGUCUAAGAUGGCCACUAUGCAGACAGUCUAUAUUAAGCAGAUGAAUAUUUCCUUUUUAAGAACCGCAGAUGCUAAACAAGAAAUGCAAGCUUAUCUGAGUUAUUUCUUUGUACAAAUCUGACUAUGUGUGUUACUAUGUGUGUUAUUAAUUUAUGUACAUUACCAGGCAAUUUGCGAGGAUCGCC